UGGUCGGGGCGUAUUGUCUCAGAGAUUUGAAAGAAAACAAACAAACAAACAAAAAAGCUUUUUUUUUAAUAUCUUUGGUGUGUUUGGAGAGACUGUUUUCCUCGCUGAGCAGUGACACACCGGCGUUACCCCCGAGCCGCUGUCACCGUGAGGGAGCCGGGACUGGCGCGCUUUGUACGGGUGGAUGGCCCUGAGAGACAGAGAUGAGCUGGGCUGAGGAAGACUGGACAGUGGGCCUGUCUGGAAGGGUCCUGCAAAAAGUGAAGGAGCUGCAGGUUCACAAGGAGCGACUGUUCAAAGAAAACAAGCAGAAACAGCUGCAGCUCGACAACAUCAAUACAAGCCUUGAAAAACAAACUGUAAAGUAUGAGGAAGUCCGUGGGGAGCUGCAGUCUGUACACAGGGAGCUCCAGAGUGUUCAGGAAGAGGCCAAGGCGGCCGUGACCGGCAGAGAGCGGCUGACCCAGGAGCUUCACACCAGACAAGCCCAAGUAUGCUCUUUGGAGGGCCAACUAGAUGCGUCUCGUACCCUCAACAACAAGCUCACCCAGGAAAUCAAAAGGUUAGAAGCUGAGCUGGAGAAACUGCAGAACAGCAGCAGGCUGCCAGACACCACUCUGUUUUCUACACCCUGCUGGAAUACAUCCUCGCCCUGGGAACACAAUGCAAGCAGACAGGAAGAGCAGGAUGAAGGUCAGAGCCGGGCACAUCACACUCGACUGCGACACCAGCUCUCUGACAUGCCCUCAGCUUCACUGCAACAACAACAAAGGAGCACACCCCACCGACACCCGUCCAACCAAUCAAACAACUUUUCCACACCAUCGGCAGGAUUUCCAUGGGAACGAGAUGAGUCGGGACCAACAUCUAGGAGGCGAAUACUGCCUUCUUCUCAGGCGCCAAGCCCUGAUACGAAUCAAGUCCUGUCAGAACAGGUGCCGUAUGGGAAGGAAAAGGAGCACAAGAAGGAGGCUGAUGUAUCUACAUCAGAAAUACAGAAUCGUGUAAUUCUUCUGGAGAAAGAAUUGUCUGAGAAGGUCGGGACAUUGAAGUGCAUUCAGAGCGACAUGGCGCAGACCAAGAAGGAGCUUGCUGCCAGAGAACUCAGCUUGCAGAAAGCACGUGAUGAGCUUAGCAUGGCACACACAUGCAUGGCCCAGGAAAGAGAUCGGGCAUCGACCACUGAGCAAAAACUAAAGCAGCUUCAAGAGGAGCUCAAGUGUCAGAGGCAAAAUACAGAAAGCAGUCGACUGCAACACCAACAACGCACCAAGGACCUGGAGAAACAGCAUCAGAGGGAUUUGGCAGAGCUUCAGAAGGAGAGGCAGUAUCUGGAGAAGCAACACCAGCAGGAGGUGAAUAAGCUCAAUCAGGAGCUCCAGCAGGCCACGGUGCUCCACAAUGCCCUUCAGGCUCAGGCAGAUAAGCUUUCUCUACAAAAGCAGGUGUUGGACAAAGAGUUAGAGACUGUAAAAGAGAAACUGAAGUGGACAGAGGAACAGCUGAAAGAAAGCCAAAAGAAGGAAGCGCAGACACAAUCAAAACUGAUGGAAGCGGUGCGUGAGGCCGAGGGUGUGGCAGUGAGUCUGGAGCAGAGCAGGAAGAGGGAGCGAGCUCUGGAAGAGGAGGGAAAAAGACUGGCAGAGGAGAAAGCUGACACCCAGCGUUUGCUCAAGGAAUUGCAAGAGCAAACAUGUGCACCAGCCCCCGUUCCACAGCCUACCCAGUUUUACCCUCCUGGUCAGAUUUUGCCAUCACAUUCUUCCUUCAGUCAUCCUCCUCGACCACCAACCCACAGCAAGAGGCCUGCUGCAACCCAAGCUGGAACACAGAGGGAAGAUGAUGGAGAUGAGGAAAUGGCAGAUGUUGCAUUAUCUUAUCCUUCUGAUAGAGAGCCAGGAGAAGGAAUUGAUGCAGAGCAAAUAAUUUCUGCCAAAAACCCUGAGUGUUUACCAAGACUGCAACAAAACAGAAAAAGCAACGAGGAGAUUAAAAUCGGAUGUGACAUCACUGGGACGGAGGGAAGCCGUUCCUCUCAUUCUGGUAUCCCCAUCACCACCUCUAUUGGUGAUGACGGAAAGACAAAUCCUGAAGACUUGUCUCCAAUGCUUUCUGCUGAAAAAUCAUCUUCUAUCAAGUCUGAGGCUACUGUCUUGUCUGAAGACCUCAAGCAGGAAAAUGUCCUGCUCCGUUCAGAGCUUCGAGAUGUACGUGAAGAGCUCCAGAAAAGACUGGAGGAUCUGGAAGCUCAACGGCGGGCUGAGUCAGAAACACGGACCCGCCUCAAACAGCUCAGCCGCAAAAACGCCAGCAAGGCUGUGGAAAGAGAUGAAAAAGAAAAGGAAUGGAGAACACAACUGGAGAAUGAGAAGGCUGAAACAGAAAGGCUGAGAAGGGAUAUUGCAGCUUUGGAGUCUGAGCUGAAGAGAGGUUAUGAGGAAAGGGACAAAAUGGAGAAACAAGACGAGGAGGAGAGAAACACAACAAAAGAUGAUAGAGAGUGUGAAAUGAUAGAACUAAAUAUCCAGCUGAAAAGUCAGCUGGCACAGAUAAAAGCCCAACUGGCUCUGGAACGAGAAGAACGAAAGAGAGAGGAAAAGGAGACAAAACAUGUAAUAAAUACUGACAGUGAUGGAAAUAAGGAGCUGAGCAUGAAGGUACUUGAGCUCAUGGCUGAAGUGGAAGAACUAAAGCACAGGAGGAAAGAUGACUUACAAAAAGAGGAGAAACUUUCUGUUACCAACAGCCCCUUGACGUAUCUGACUCUCCACAAUGAUGAAUUCAACUCCAAUAUUGUUGGCUCUGACAACAAACUUCUCCCUUCACCAGAGCAGCACCAUCUCUUCUGCCAGUCCACCAACCAACGCAAUAUCCUCAUGUCCACACCAACAGCAGACAUCACACCAGAUAAUCAAAACGUGAUAGAUGUUGAGCACUCACCUCAGUUGGGCCACACUGAAUCACGUCUUAUGACCUCUGAACCGGAAGAUGUCAAAAAUAAUUCAUCAGAACAGCGCAGGACUGAUCUGGCCAGCUCUGAUCUCACUAAAGAGCUGGAGCACCUGCAGAGAGAGUAUGCCAAGGAAACAGAACGUGCUGACCAGUACCAAGUGAAACUAGAGGUCCUACAAAGCCAGGUGACACGUCAGACCCAGCAGUUGACCACGGCCUUCGAGAAGCAGAGCCACAAUAUUUCAGGCCUUCUGGUUGAGCUAGAAGAGAAGGAAAAGGCCUUUGUGAGCCAGGGAGAAGAACUACUGCGAUACAAGAAAGAGCUGGAUGCGCUGAAGACUCAAAAAAGGGAACAGACGGAGAUGAUAAUCAAAGAGGGAGAGGAGCUUGGACAAAGACAUGUUACAUUAGCAGAAACAUCAGAACUUAAACUGGAGGAGAAGCAUGAUGUCAGCGAUCACACUGUGAACUCAUUGGCAGGUGGUGACUUCAAUUCAGAGAGAGAUACAAGUCAACCAAAGACUGAGACACGUGAUGCUGAAACACCGACACAUCCUGGCCGUAAAGAUGAAAGUGAAACUGUGUGCCCUGACAUGGAGCGCUCAAACUCUUUAAAUCUCAACAAGUCUCAGAGUUACUGUGACUCUGUUUGUGAGGAGGGACAGAAUGAGUCUAGUCAGAAUGGAGUUACAGCAGACAUAUUUACAGAACUGUCCGCUCUCAAACAGGAGAAUCAACUGCUGAAACAAAGGAUACAAGACUUGACUGUUUCAGAUGCCAAGGUCCCAACGUUGCAGACUGACAGUGAAGCCCAAGAGGACCUAGUCAAACAGACCCAGAACUCAGCAAAUACUUCUCCGUCUGUCUUAAAGGAGCAGGAGACUCAAAGUGUGCCAAAUGUUCUUAUUAAUGAGGGACAAUUGUUACAAAAUGCCAAAAUGAGUGAAGAUGAAGUUCAAGAAUUAGAAGGGAACCAGUGGAGAACCUCGAGUGGUGAAAAUGACUUGGAAGAAGUGUCAGACGUCCAGAUCGACUUCCUACAGCAACAGGUGGAGGCGCUGCAGCGACAGGUUAGAGCUCUGUCUGAGGAGACGCAGCAGCAGACUCAGGAGCUCACUGUGUGGAGACUGGCCUCCCAACCACUCUCAACCUUUGACCAGUUCUCUACUAACACAGAUGACCCGUGUGAAGCACUGGAACAGAUCGUCACUAUUACUCAGUCUCUUUCAAGCAAGCAACAGACAGAUGAGCUGACCCAGAGCCAGGACAGCAUCACAAUCAUCAGAGAAGAUGAGUUAUCUCUCUGCUGCUCCUCCAACAAACUUCAAGGUCAUAUGUUGUUCUCCAGACUAGAGAACAGACACUUUCCUGAGCCAAAGAGCCUCGGUUCCCGUGAAGUGACAGCGGAAGUUCAGCAGGACGUUCAGAACAACGUUCAGAACACGGCUGCGAUCCACCAGGAAUCUGAAAAUAAAAACCAGUUCAACCUAAAAUCGUCAGAUGCUUGUCCGGACCAAUACAAAGUGAAGAGAAACACUGACUUCAUUCACAUGUCACUGCAGAAAAUGGUUGAACAUGAAGCCAAAAACCCCCACGCACACUCGGAGCCAAAUCCAACCAACAUGGAAGAGAGUUGCACAGGAAAACCUGAGGCCAAACCAAACUCUUCCAGAGCAACCGAUGAAGUAAACACAACCAGUAACUCUGCAGACAAAGAUGUCAUAACGGAAAUUAGAAGUGUCAGCAGUCAAACAGAGGAGAGUUUGUAUCGUCGCAGUGCUCUGACUGUAUGCGCGACCACACAGACUAUGGAGGAGGAGGAUGAGGAUGAAGACACAAAGGUGGUGGAUUCUCCUCCUGUUUCUUCAUCAUCUGAGAAGGUGGAGACGAGAGACAAAAUUUUGUUUUCAGGUUCUUUCCCAAUACCAGCUGACCCGGCCCGUCUGGCUGAAAGAAUCCUCCGUAAUAGGACGCAGUUAUCAGCUGCCUUUGAUGAUACGGAGUAUGAACCAUACGGCCUGCCGGAAGUUGUCAUGAAAGGUUUUGCUGACAUCCCUACUGGUCCCUCGUGCCCCUACAUUGUGAGAAGAGGCUUGUUAGGAACAGCUGUUCUACCCCCAUCCCAGAAAGACCCACAACUGGAGGACGAGACGGAUUAACAGUUGUUUGCCAAUCUUGUGGAAGGAACUGAUCACUAUGGCUGGCUUCACAACCAACCUGAAUGAUGGAUGACUUCAGCAACAAAGAGCCUUGAAGCACUUCAGAUGUGGGAACUGGUACAGGACUGGUCAGAAAAGCAGCAGACUUGUACUUUCUGCAGAUAUGUGUGCAGGUAAUUGGGCCUGCUGCUCUGCAGAAUAAACACCUUCACCUGGGAGCAAAAAUGUCUUGUCACUAGUUUAUCCUGAAAUUGCUGUGUGGAGACGUUGCUGUCCAUCACAACGCUGGUCACUUUACAGCCACCUGUAUAUUUACGCACUAAAGUGGUGAUUUAGUAAGGCUUGUUGAUGUUUCUUGAACCACCUUUUCAAGGGGAGAGUUUAGUUUUUCAGUAACUUUGAAUUAACUUAUGGACCUGGCCUCAGUGCCUUUAUGUUUUUCUGAACACAAUAAGUUUGACCUGUUUUUCAAAAGGGUAAAGCCAAAGGUGGCCAGUUGUGAAAUGACUUAUUUUUUUCUUUUCUUUUUUACUUUUACAUUUAGAUGUGGCAUAUUUAUGGACACUUGAAUGUGUUUUAUAAGUGGGCACAUGUUUACAAAAUUGUGUGUGUAACAUUAGCUGUGACUAUGAACAUGUGUGUCCCCAUCCCAAUGUUACUGUUUGUAUAUGUGUGUUUGGGAGUGAGUACAGUGAGGACAUGUCUAUGACUCAGUCUAACCUGCGCUGGUUUCCGCUCCAUGUAUGGUGAUGCACACUGUGCUGCUGCACUCCUCUCCGUCUGCUUUAUUUCUCUGUCACACACUAACAGUAGUUAGGUUUAUAGUUGCUUAACCCAAAACUGCUCGUAUGGAGCUUUAUUUUGAUUUGAGUACACAUGAACUAAAAAUACUUUUUUUUUCUUCUUUUUGUAUGUAAUAAAUGUAACUUAUUUUAUUUAUGUAGCAUUUGAAGCACAUUCACUUCUGUGUAUAGAGAAGAGUUAAGAGUUUGGAGUUGGUUGAUUAUUUGAAGUUGCGUGAUUAUUUUCACUUGAAGACAUAGAGAUAUAAAAUAAUACUGACUGCUCAGUCCCCUGUAAGUAAGUAAUGUGAAACAAAAGCUGCAGUUCUUGGUCCCAAUUUUAGCAGCGGCUAAAAAAGGACUUACUAAAGAGUCCAUGACAAACUUAACAAGGUAAUGAAUUCAGAAUUUUGUUUGAAGAUGUAUUUGUUCCCUGAAUACUUGCUUUAUAACCAUUUGCCUUGAUGAGGGAAGCCUUCACUGAAAGAGAAAUACAAGUUAUUACUGCAACACAGCUAUAAUAGCAUCCUCUGUUUUGUUUUGGUCGCUGGAAAAGGUCAGUAUUGUCCCCAUAUAGCUUUCUGGUUAAUGUAAAAAUGUAAUUGGUUGUAGAUUGUGUUGAUUUACAAAGCCUAAAGACACUGAAAGCUGCGGGCACCACGGUCCUGUAAUUGCUAACUUCCCUUGAUGCUCUCUGGUUGUUUUGGUUGUUUGUUUUUUUCCUUUCUUUGCUUCUCUGCACAGCCUUCCUGUGCCUAGCUUUGUUUAUUCCAAGUAAACAAGAUGAGGGAAUACACACCAAAAAAAGAGAAGCCUUUGUGUGUCUCAAGGUGAUUUUUUGUCUUUGUUUUUUAUGUGUAAUGUAAACUUGAAUUGACUUUGUCUUGUGGCUGUGGCUUGUUUAUUCAAUCAGAACACAGUAGGCUGCUGCUGUUCAUCUGCCACGCUGACAUCUUCACACACACAAAUACACAAAUCACCAUCCUCCCUGGGUAUUUUUGGGAUCUAUAGUCUUCUGGGAUUGUCUGGCUGUGAACAGGGAAACUUGCUGUGAAUUUGUUGCCUUGUUUUGGACACUUUUAUGUGGAUUUGUCUUUGAUCUGUUUGCAGCUACAAUAAAAGGCUAGU